AUGGCCGGUGAAGCCCAUACUAUAGGAGAGAAUCUUAUAAAACCAUGUGCAGUCGAAAUGGUAAAAUGUAUGCUAGAUGAAAAAGCUGCAAAAGAAUUGUCAAAGAUACCAUUGUCCAAUGAUACAGUAUCUCGUCGUAUAAAAGACUUGUCAGAAUCUAUAAAAAGGCAGUUAUGUUCGCGCCUUAAAAGUUGUGAUUUUGCUCUACAAAUAGAUGAAUCUACUGAUGUAGCGGGGCUAGCAGUGCUGCUUGUGACUUUGACAAAUACUGCCACACAAGGCGAGACAACAGAAACACAAGAUGAUGGUACAGAAUAUGAAACACAAAAUAAAGAAAUGGAAGAGGAACCGGAUGAUCCUGAAAAGACCCCUGACAAUAGUAACAUUGACAAUAUCCCCACUAUCCCUGAACAACAAUCUGAAGCAGGUGCAUUGAACAAGCCGUUCAAUAAGCGAAAACAUGACAGCAAAAUAUCGUCAGAAAUUAUUGCAAAAAUGUUUAAAAAUAAUUCUGAUGAUAGGGCAAAAUUAUUAUCAACAAUUCUGGCAAAGCCAGCAGAACAACAUCCAAUAGAUGUGUUCUUCCAAAAUAUGGCGAUGUCGGUUAAUAAAAUGUUCCUUGAAAGUCAAAUUCGUGCCAGAAUGGAAAUACAGUAG